CGGCAGCAGGGCAGCGGCCAGGUAAGCGAAGAGCGAACACUAGUGGGGCUGACUCGCGCGCCUCCGAGCCUCCGGGACUCUCACAAGUUGUAUAUCGUCGUGCUACGCGUUCUACGGUCGUGUUGUUGCGCUGCCACCGUCGCCGCUACGUCGUAGUUGUGCUCGUGCAGUGACAACGCGCCGUCGUGCUCCUACGUGUUGAUCGUCAACGAUCUAACAUCGAACGUAUUGCCAACAAAAUUCCAGCUAAAGAACGCAACCGAUCGUCGACCUGUCUUUGCCGCUUCUUCUUUUCGUUCUUUGUUUUUUUAUCGCAUACACGAGAAAAGCAGGAAGAAGUUUGAGGAGAGACGCAGGUUCACCAUAUACCCGAGAACACCUCACUCCGAAAGGAGUUCUCCCUCUCUCUCUCUCUCUUUCCUCGGAGCUUUUUACCGUCCACCCUCGUCGCAUCGUAACACGCCACUUUGGGUGAGCGCCAACGAUCCCCAGUAACGCACCGACUGCUCAGUCACGACGAUGUUGGCACAAAUCCAAGUGCGCCCAGUGGUUUCCUGCUACCUGCGCCGCGCUGGGGUUCUUACCGUUUUCGCCGUUUCCAAUUCGUUCUUGUAACAAACACGGUGAGAAAGUGCGAGUUUAAGGAUCAAAGGUUUCAGGGGUUGAACGAUCGUGAACACGAUCUUGCUGAAGUGUCCGAUGCGAUUGAGGAGUUUGGUUUGUUACAUGUUCGUUUGCUCGAUCGGUGGUGGCUGCGAGGGAAUCGAACGCCACCACGGCGCAGUGUUUACAUGUAGCAGUGCGCGAAGUAAUCGAAGGUGCACGAACGGUUUUCACUCGGCUUCUUCCGCGAAUUAUUCAAGUUUUACCAGCGUUUUAUUCAGUUCGCCUGUUUAAAAGUGUAAUGUGUGAAUCUGUUAGUUCGCGAUCUGGUUCGACUUAAUGACGGAUACGCCUGGUACAUUGACCGAUCAUCGAACGAGGCGAGAGAGUAACAUUGUUGAGGUGUUCGCGCGAUAGUGUAAGAGAGAUUCGAUCAGUGAAGUCGACGGGAGAAGUAACCGUGAAAAGUAUCGUCAAGAGAAGAAAAUCGCAUAAUAAGAAGUCGCUGAAUGCAAGGAUUUUGAAAGUAGCUCCAGAAGGCCAGCCCGACGCGAUGCGUCGACGCUGCUGACGCAACGCGCCUGGAUGCGUCUCACUUUAAGCACGUGAGUGAUCCGAUUUCCUUAAUUUUGAACAAGUCGAAAUAAAAGAAAGAAAAAAAUAGCGGCGAUUGAAAUUCGAGUGAAGACGUUUUGAUUUUACCUCGAAGCGAUCCCGCUGGAUCGUUCGAGGAUCCGAUUUUUCUUCCAUCUGAAUUGUUUAGCGUGCGAUCGGGUUAAAAAUGGUUCGAAAGCGAUCGGGUAAAAGAACGAUCUCGGCAUGUCCGCCACGAUAUUCGGAUACUUGAAUGUUCAUUCCUGUGGCUCGUGAUUUACACGUGCGCGUUUUAGUUGUUUGUUUCGAUAUCCAUUGUCGAUCACCCCAUUCUGUAUAGUCGGUGGUAGCCGUGGUGCGAUAGUUGUGUUGCUGUUGGUGGUAGUGGUCGCGAGUGCGCACGCGACGACCGGUGGUGAAUGAUCCUGACUCCGGGCUGACAAAGGUUUUCGUAUACGAAUACUGGGAUGACGUCCGCUUCGGAUUACGCGCUCUCUUUACGAUCUCGUCAAUCUACAUCGUCUAACGCGGAACCAAAUGUUACCACAGCUUGCCGUUUUAGCGAAGAUUUUGUGCCUCCUGAUGGUGGUGAUGUGCGGGGCGGUGCCGGCGAUGGUGCGCUCCGUGAGUCUCUAUUCGACUUGCAGCAGCGGCAAUGUUACCGUAACUGGCCGCACGAUCAAGGCCCUGGGACGCGAUGAUCAUAAUGCCCCUUACCAAAAACUUACGACUCAGUCCGAGGACUUCAGUAGGAAGUUGUACAUCUUCGCGGAGAAAAGCCAGCGAUACAUUUGCUUCAACAAGCGAUGGAAACCCAUCGGCCUGCCUAAGAAGCAAAAGGGUCCCAUGUGUCAGUUCUACGAGGACUACAACGGCUCGUAUCUGACAUACAGAAGCGUCGUAGAUAGCUCGCGGUAUCUGGGCUUUAACAAGUUUGGCAAACCGAUGAAGAACCAUCGUGGUCGACAGGAGUGCUUCAAUUUCAUCAAGUACAAUCCUCACGCCGACAUCGAUCACCACAACAGCUUGGUGAACGCGGACAUGGGCGGAAUGGACCCACGGGAUCCUUACGUGGUAUCGAGGAAACCGUCGCCCGUGAUGAGGGCCACGAAGAACUCCCUGUUGCAGGCCGACAGUACGAGGGAGAUCGUUCAUACGACGCAUCGUUAUCGACACCCGAAUCGAAGUUGGAAGCGUCCCGGCGAGAAGGUCUCUGCACCGCGAAGACGGCUCGAGAGUCCUCUCUUCGAGGCCAACAAGUAUUGAGCCGCGCACUGGCUCGCCGAUCAAGACUGCCUCAUUUACACCUGUGAGAACCUGAGAUCAGACUGCCAAAUACGCUGGUGGAACGUACGGUCGAGAUUUCAGGAACCCACUACGCGGCACCACGUGAAACGCGGCUCGAAGCACGCGCCUCGAUUGAUCGCAACGAACAAAGCUAAGCUCGCCUCGUGUGUCUCCUGCUCGCUUGCGUACAACAAUUAUCGACCAACCGCAAUUUCGCUGCACAGAAGAGACGAGCAACAACGAAAAAUUGUUCGCAAGACACGAGCGUACCAACUUGCAGGAUGACAGUCUUGUUGGCUAGAGCUUUCGUUAUGCGUCGUUAAAUUCCAUUUCACACUUGCCCCGACUGAAUCCUUUCAGGCAAGUAUGCACGAUAUCAUAAUUUCUCCCCCCUUUCGUUCCAUCGCUAAAUUUUUGAUACGAUUAGUUGGCAGUCGUCGGUCAACGGCGUACUGUUUCUUUCAUUUUCAUCGAUUAUCGAUCGUUCUCGUUGUCUCGUUUAAUAAUCCAAAGUUCCGCGUACGAAACUAUACGAGAAAUAGCUAAAGUUUCGAAGAAAAAUUAAAAAAAAAAAAAAAGAAAAAAAAAUGCGAAUUCGUCGGAAAGUUUAGGAUCAGUCGAUUUAGCGAUGGAUGAAUAUGUUGCGCGCGAUCGGCCUAAAUCGUUGCGCAAUCGGAUAGCUACCGUGCUUCAAGCGCUGUCACAAACCGCAAUAGAUGCGCGGAGAGAUGCACGAACAGCAUACGUCUAUGGAAUUAUUUUCUUCGGUAUAAAUUUCGAACUUAAACGAUUCUACGAUCUCGUGAUUGCAUGUCGAGUGUACGUAGGUUGGAUUUAAUAAAAGGCGAUCGGGUUUAAUCGAAAAUAAAUCGAAAGUGAAUCACGUUGAUUAGCCGUAACGUUUCUCUCGAUGUCGAUCAUCGGAAUUUAAUGGAACGAUAAUUAUACUUUCGGAUCGCGUGUUUAUUCGUGACGAUGGAAUUUGUCCAGGAAGGAAAUAUUUCCGGUAUAGAGACGCGCUAAAAAGGUGUAACUCUCUGGCGUGCUCGCGCAGUAGAGCUCACGCUGCGCAAGACUCUCUCGCUCGCUGUGCUAAUUACGCCGCCUAAUGUAGCGUGCGUGCGUGCAUGCGUGCCUGCCUGCCUGCGUGUAUGAAUAAUGUGUGCGUGCGUGCGUGCUCGCGACGUACACGCAGUUCUCACCGUCGCGUUGAUGUCGAAGCUCGCGUUGCAGUCGUUUUCGAAUCGCUACUUUAUCAACGGCUGCUCCAUUCACCUGACCGUUUUUUACCUUUUAUUCUAAUCGAUAUUAUUUAUACAAAAGAAAAAUAUAAGAAAAGCAGAAGAUAUACACGCGUGCGUGAAAGUCGACUACUCGGAACGCACACACAUACACACAAACGAACAGAGAGACUUUCUUAAACAGAGAAUCGGUAUGCAGUAAUUUCAGGAGAGCAAUAUACGCGAUAGUGUAUAUAUAUUUUUCGUAAACUCUAUUCAGAAAACAGUCGUUGGACAACGUAAUGGACAAAUAAUAACAGGAUCUCUGAGUAUUUUAUACAUGUAUUUGAAAUAAUGAAUAUGAUUAUUACUUUCGAUGUGGUUUUCAUCGCGUCGAACGGGUGUAAUUCAUACAGAAAAUCUAUUUUCUGAUAGGAAUGAGAGUGAAAUAAUUACUGAGAGUAUCGGCUUAAACUGCGUGUUCGUGUACGAGCUUAAUUAUUUGUGUGCAUUUUGGCGUGCGUACGUAUUUGCCUCUGAACGCGUGUGACUGCGUGUAAUAUAUUAUAUGAUCGUUAAUGAAGUUAAUCCUUAGGACGCUAUCGCAGACUGUAUUACUAGGUUAGGUACACGAGUAUAUGAAGCGGUGGCGACUCGACGAAAAGAAUCAAAGGGUAGCGUUCCUCGGCCUCGUGAGAAUUCUUUCCGUGUAGCUUUACCUCCUGUGUGCUUUUCUAAAUCGGUGACAACCGCUCGUGUACACCGUAAUUUAAAGUACGAAAUAAAGUCGCAUGGAGCCAUCCCUGAUUCAUUCGUUUUCGCAGAUUUGCCACGUGAGGAGCGUCUACCCCUUUUUCCCAAAAAGAACUCGCUCCCUAGGUAGCUUAUUUAUUGAAAUCAUGUUUAGAUAGUACGAAAACCAAACCGCCCGAGAACACCUUUUCCUCGUAUAUGUACGGAAAUGUGCGCUGCUCUCUCUUAUUUUACUUAUCGCCAAUUUCAUGGCUUUUUCGUUUUUUUCAUUAUCGCUCAUGAAUUUUCGUACGAAGUCAUCAUUUUAUUCAUUCCUCUUUUUCUUCUUGGAGAACGCGUUUUAAUACUUCAAGAUAAAUUAAUCGAAAUCGGUUUAUUUGUUAUUGUAUAAUAUGUAGAAUAUUAUCUUUUGUUUAGCGGACGUGUGACGUUUCAAUGCAAUUUCUUUUUUAUUUGACGUAAAUAAUUAUGGAAACGAUAUUUCUAUUCAUAUUCACGAUAUUUUAAGUAACCAUAUUCGAUAUCAUUCUCAUUGUUGUACUUAUUUUCUUCUCACCUUCUAUCUUUACGUUAUCAGUCUUAAAUCCGAAAAUACUCAAUACCUGAUUAGUUAAUUUCAUUUUCGUACGAGUGGCAGUGCGUAGAGGCCCUAUUUCCACCCCGAAUGGUGUUUGUACGUGUCGCUAAAAAGAAAAAAAAAAGUAGACAGCAAAUUGUUCGUAGAAAUGCCACGCUCCGUUUGAUGAAUUGAAAAUGUAGCUGAACAUAAACACGUGAAAUUACUUUAUCAGUUGCGUUUUCUCUGACGCCUUUUUCGUGGCUUUUCUUAUCGAUCAAGUUUAAUGCGCCAUUAAUUUUAUUGUAUUGUAUUUCGAAGCAACGAAAGUAUGAUAACAAUAAAAUUAGGAAAAUGCUAUUUCUACAUCGUUUUAUUUCACAGUUUCAUCUAUCGGUGCGUGGCGCGUGCAAGCUAAGUACGAUAAAAUUUCGCGCGCGAAACAGAAUAAAAAAUGCCAGCUGUUGACCAUUAAGGAAGAAAGAAAAAAAAAUAAAUAUUGUAUUGUAAUAUGAUAUUGUAACUCCACCAGUAAAAAUUAACCUACUCGUUUUGUAUGUGUAAGCGUAGCGUCACGUAACACUGCGUCGAGAAUCGCGGCGAUGUUUGCAGCAAUUAGAAGCAGUACUAAAAGAACGGAUAUUUAUGCGUGAAAAUUUCUUCUAUUCCUGUUCUAUUGCAUCGAACAGCGAGCAAAGAAUCGACGUACAUUGCGGGAAAGCGCGUAACGAUUCUCGACGAGCGUACUUCCUUAGAAUCAUGAGUUUGCUCGAUGUCAAGUCACUUGGCAUUUAGUUUUUAUAUUACGAAACUUCACACAUUUUUUCUACGAUCAUAUUUCGAUAUUUCGGAGCGACACGAGUAUCUAGUUGCGUUUAGCAUUUUAAGAAGCAAUUUAAGAAAAGAAAACAAGUAGUAUUUUUAAUGACGCGAAAAUAGCACAAAAAAACAUUCGUCGAGUUUCCUGUCGUUGACGCGUGCCUUGACCUCGAGCACCGAAGCGACCUAUCAAUCCCUCCUUUGUUUCUUCUUUUUUUUUUACUUUCUCACAAUCUACAAACGCGAACGGCAAAAAAGGAUAUAAAGAAACGAAUGAAACACGAGAGAUGAAUCUGACUACCCUAUAGAUAGAUAGUAUAUAUAAUGAAUAAAGAAAAAAAAAGGUAAAGUAUAAAUAUAUAUAUGGAAGAUGAUGUGUAUGUAAGAUAUUUAA